CCUUAUACCAACCAUGUCUCCUCCUCGCCUUCUCGUCUCACGCGCAACGCGGCCUUACCUCUCUCCUCGCUAUCGACACCUCACCCGCCGCCAUGCCUCCACAACCCCGAUCGCCCAAAAGCAACAAUCCUUCUACCAACGCUACCGCUCCCCACUCACCUGGUCCAGCAUCGGCAUCGGCCUAGGCCUCAUCCUCGGCGGCGUAGCCACAAACUUCAUCGCGCCCCCUCCGAUGCCCCAACAAGGCACGCACGAAGACAACGUCCUCAUCGCAGACCUCAACAAGCGCAUCGACGAAGAAUUCAAAGUCAAAGUUCUACGAGGGAAAUGUUUGGGAGUCUCCAAACAAUUGAAAGGACAAGAAGGUGGAUGGGUGGAAAUUGUGCCGCCGAUUACGGCGCCUGGAAUCGAUGGAAAGGCGGAGGGAGUGGGAUUGUUGCCGUUUCAUGAUCGGUUGGUUGAUGCGUUACAAGGUGCGAAAGGGUUGGGUGUGGAGAGAGUAUUCUGGGAUCGGGAUGAGAAGAGAUUGGUUGCGAUUGUGUGGUUUGGAGGAGCUUUGUCUGGUUGGCCUGGUGUUACGCAUGGUGGGCUAUUGGCCAUUGCGAUGCAAGAGAAGUUGGCAUUGGCAGGCAGUUUAGCAGAUGGAGGUGACCGAAAUGUGAACUCUGCUGUGAAGCCGCAGAGACUGCCUGGGACUGGCAAUCAUGCUACAUUGCAGGCACCGACCGCUAUGCCUGAUGAGCCAGCACAGAUGAGCAUUGAUUAUGUCAAGCCGACGUAUGCGAACAAUUUCUAUGUGAUCCGCGCGCAGCCGGCAUGGGCGAGUCCGGACGAUGUGAGAUUGCCUAUACAAGAGCAUGAGUGGUUUGCGGUGUUGCAGACCAUGGACGGGAAGCCUUGCGUGAAGGCUACGGCGAAGUUCUCGCCGAGGUCGGAGUUGGAGAGAGUCGAGGAGAAGGUGAAAGAGGCUGUGGGCGGGUGGAGCUAUUCGGAGUUCAAGAAGUGGAUGUGGCCGAGUAGGCAGGAGGAAACAUUGGGAGAAGCUGCGGGAUGAAGAGGACAGUGAGAAGUUGUGGUAGCAUGCCAAUGCCGUUUAGCUUGCACCCCGCGCGAUAUCGCAGCACGAUGCCGGCUUUCAUCAUCGAGUCUUCGACAUGAGAAGAGGCCAACGAUGAAAGUGGACGGCACUAGCGCCGGUUCUGGUCCUGCUUUUCGCUGAGUCACGAUCAGCUGGGGAAGGAACAUAUGGUCGAAGAUCCUUUGGGAGGCAAGCUCUGCCACUGGACACCUGGACGUGAAUCUGGCCGCUCUUUCAACCUAGUUGCAGACAGCGAAGUGGAACAUCGCAAGCAACGAAGGUCGUUGCUCUCUCGCCGCAACGCGAUCAUGCGACUAUCUCGCUUCGCGAGACAGAGUGCCGUGAAUACGUCUCGUGAACGCAGAGAUACGGAGGGCGAGGAAAGUCAAUAGUCGCCAACAGCACCAGUGGCAGGCCUUCAUAAGAUAUUCCUCCCAAACAGCGACUGCCAUUGGUCGGCUCACAGCAGAGAUGCGUAUCGCCUUCGUGGUAACGGCUGGGAGCGGAACCUCUGCUUCAUACGGACAGAGAGCCAGUCUUCCUGCAUGACAUUUAAGCAUGAUGAGAACCGUAAGAGAGAAACUCAAACUAUAAGUUGAGCCUCAAACAUAUGUUCACCGCAUGCAGCCAUUGGGAAGAGCGGACGAGGUGGCGAUUCCAUUUGGAGCGAUCUUAUAGCAAAGUGGACAUCGGCACAUUCGCGCCUGGACAGCUAGCCAUGCCAUCUGAUGGCUUGCAACCCAUCCAGGUCAGUAGUUGCCUUUGAGGUACAUAUAAAUAGUCAAUCACAAAUCUCACAGAUCGUAACUGUCAGUGCGACUGGCAAUUCCUCG